AAACAUUGGCUUAUUUAAUUCAUAGUCUGUCUCAUCAUCAUCACUUGAUUUCCAUCAUAUCACCAUACUAUACAUCUUCUUCCCCCUUCACUGCACACAAAUUCAAAACUCCUGCAGCCUAGCUACCUAGCUAACAAUACCAUGCAAGCCAAUCAAAAGCCUAAUUUCACCCACAUGAUAAUAGCCUCUAGAGAAAAUAAUGUGCGGCCUCGGGUCGACGAUUCCACCUUUUUUGGAACGAGAGAGAGUAGUCGGACCGCUUAUUGGCGGGGACAACGAGAUGAUGAACUAGUAGUUGAUGAUGAUGAGGAUGUAGCCUCCACUGUUCUGUCUCUAGGCCCUCCUGGCCAACCUCAUAGUAAAAAAAGCCCCCAAAACCCUAAGAACCAGCUGCACAAGUACGAUAAUGAUCAAUGGGGUGUUACCGUGGCAUUUCACAUGGGCCCGCCGCCAUCGCCUUCACCGCUUGGAGCUAGCAGCAGCAGCUCAAGCAAUUUUAGCCCUAGCGGCGGUGACGUUGCAGCGGCAGCAGCUACUGGAGGAGGAGGGCUUUCUCUUGGUCUUAGGCAGUACUGGAUUCCUACACCAGCUCAAAUCCUUGUUGGUCCCACUCAGUUCUCUUGCACUGUUUGUAACAAAACAUUCAAUCGCUUCAACAACAUGCAGAUGCAUAUGUGGGGCCAUGGCUCACAGUACCGAAAAGGCCCGGAUUCCCUAAAAGGAACAAAACCACCGUACUCCGCCUCCACCGCUGCCGCCUCAUCGAGGUUAAGGCUGCCGUGCUAUUGCUGUGCAGAAGGAUGCAAGAACAACAUAGAGCAUCCAAGAUCAAAGCCAUUGAAGGACUUCAGAACCCUCCAAACACACUACAAGAGGAAGCAUGGUUUGAAGCACUUCUCCUGCCGGAAGUGCGAUAAGGCCUUCGCCGUGAGAGGGGAUUGGAAGACUCACGAGAAGAACUGCGGGAAGAUUUGGUUUUGCAUUUGCGGGUCGGAUUUUAAGCACAAGCGAUCCCUCAAAGACCACGUCAGAGCGUUUGGGGAUGGGCACGCGGCACACAGCGAGAGCUCGUUUCAAGCGUCUCGCUGCUACCGCCCCGACAUAGAAGACCCCGAGGAUGAGGAGGAGGAAGAAGAGGAAGAAAGUGACGGAGGUGGUGAAUAUGACCACGAGCAGCAGCACGUGUCUACCUGUGCAGGAGCAUUGUUCAUCAGGUAGUAUCGCAUAUAGUGACGUUGCAUGCAUGUGAAGAUCGAGGUGAAAGUUGUAGUAGCUAGUAGCAGCAGUUCUUGUGUACGUACGCCGUGACAGCGAUAGAUGAGAUUAUUAUUGACUACUAGUGCCUUUUGGCAGUUUGCGCCUGUUUGCUUU